AUGAAGAUGCACGCGGCUGUGUGGCAUUUCGCCGAGACCGACGGGAACAAGUACGCCAAGAAAUAUGCACGCAAGAGGAAAGGUGUAAAUGCCACCGAUCGGGAAUCAAGCGCCAGUAAAUGGCUGCGGAACCACGGCGGCAAGCGCAUCCGGGACGCCUGGAAGGCGCUGUCUCCCAAGACGAAAGCUCGUUUGAUGCAGGAGACGCCUGAUGGUACGUUCCCUGAUCAAUCAGAGGGGAUAUUAGACGAGCGCACCAAGGCAACGGCACAACCGACAUCGGUAGCGAUGCCGUCCACGAUUCAGACCAAGCGCAAUACAAACGCAAGCUGCAAGGACUUGACACACCUCAGGGCUGUGCUCAAUCGAAAUCGAUCGAAGUACUACGGCAUGGUGUGCAAAGAGGAAGAGCUACAAAUCAAGACGACCUACAAUAUUGGGAGCGUUGCUGGGGUCAUUGAAGCUAUGGCUUCGGGUGUAACGAACGCCAUUUGUCUGGCGCAUUCACGAGACUGA